CUUAAAAUUCUACUGUUCCUAACCUCUCUUUUUGUGGAAAAUGUGAUUGGCUGAAGCGUUUUUGUUCGCUUGCUCCAUGUUUUCCAAGGCCUACCGUGUAUGUGUGUGGUACCUAGCAGAAGAAAAAAUCUAAUGCGUCAUAAUCGAGAAUGUGCAUUCAUUCUUCACAUAAGCUUAUUGUUGCGGUACGUUCGUUGCUGCUGCUGGUGUUGUGCAGACAUUUAUUUUUGAGUUCGUGUUUUGUAUGAUCGAUCGUGUGCUGCUGUUGGGUGAAAGAAUUGCGGAUACCCACAGUAAUUACAGUUCACUGCGCGCGUAUAGAAAAUAGAAAUAGUGACAAUGACAACCGGAGCUAAGACGGAAUCGGAAUGCGAGGUGCCCGACUUUGUCGAUGCGCCCGGCUAUCUGGACCCAUUUUCGCGCCGCUACAUGAUGAAACAGUUCGUGGCAGCGUUGCCGGAGGCGGCACAGCAGCGCGUUCGUGCGCUAAAACAUCUGCAGGUCGAGUACACGAAGCUCGAGGCCAAAUUUUUCGAGGAGGUGUAUCAGCUCGAAUGUAAAUAUCAGCAACUUUACCAACCGAUUGUCGACCGGCGGAAGGAGAUUGUGGCCGGCAAGGUGGAACCUACGCCGGAGGAAGCAAGCUGGGUGGAUCCGCCGCGCAAGGACGAAACCGAGGAAGAAGGCGAGCACGAAGAGGAGGAUGAGGAGAUUAACGAGCGGUUGAAGAAGAUGGCGCUAAAUUACCAAAAGGAGCUACCCACGAACGGACAAGGCAUCCCGAACUUUUGGCUGAUGGUGUUCAAGAACACGGAAGCGCUGGCCGAGCUGGUGCAUCCGCACGACGAACCGGUGCUGGAGUUUCUGCGCAAUCUGAACAUUGUGUACGAGAAAGACCCGAUGUCGUAUGUAAUUGAGUUCCACUUCGAUACGAACCCGUACUUCAAGGAUACCGUGCUGACGAAGAAGUACUUCCUGCGUUGCAAGAUAGACAAGGACGAACCGUUCGGCUUCGAGGGGCCCGAAAUUUACAAAUGCACCGGUUGCCCGAUCAACUGGAAUCCGGGCAAGAACGUGACGGUGAAGACGAUCAAAAAGCAACAGAAGCACAAACAGCGCAACGCCACCCGUGUGGUCAUGAAAUCGCAACCGACUGAAUCGUUCUUUAACUUCUUCUCACCGCCGCGCGUUCAGGAGGACGACACACUCGAUCCGGAAACGCAGUUCCUGAUCGGGCGCGACUUCGAGGUUGGUCACUUCCUUCGGGCACGCAUUAUUCCGAAAGCAGUCCUGUAUUACACCGGCGAGGUGAUGGAUGAGGAUGACGACGAUGACGAUGAGGAAGAGGAGGAAGAGGAGGACGAGGAGAUGGAUGAUGAGGAGGAAGAGGGUGAGGAGGAGGAAGAUGAGGAUGAGGAGGAGGAAAGUACACCGAAGCCACCGGCAGCCAGUAGCAAUCGGGCGAAAAAGUCGAAAGGUGGAAAAGGACAGGGUGGUGGUGGAGGAGUAGGAAAUGCUAAGAAGGGAGAGCAGCCGCCCGAAUGUAACCAGCAGUGAGCUAUCGGCGAGUUGGUGUCAAUUCGAACGGGAUAACAAAAGCUGCACGUGUUUUUUUUUAACCCAAAAUCAUCCUAUUUAAAGCUACUCCUCUAUUAACCAUUGUCUUUUUUUUGUCGUCCUUAAAACGUUUUCGUCCGGGAUCCUAGAACCGGAUGUUUUGCAUUGACGUUUUGUUCGCGGGAGGGGAGGCGUAUCGACACGCCAUCGGUAGGAGAAAACAAAAACAUCAUCAAACAAGCAGGGAAUCGGAAGGCCAAGUCUUCAGAAUUUGUUAGUUCUAUCGACUUAAGAAAAACAGGUUGAAAUUGAAAUGAUCAAACAACAAAAACAGUUACAGGAGAGAGAGAGAGAGAUGGAGAUCGCAGAUGUUACGAGAACAGGAUCAGCGAGGAGAUAAACCUACUUUCUUCUAUUAUUAUAUUAUAUUUGUUUCUUUAUGGCCCGUCGUGUCCGGAAAAGAAUCUUAUAUUCCUGAUAUCGAAAUACUCUAGUAUUGCUAAGUUUCGUACGAAGUUAAGUUGUCGCUUAUACAAAUUCAUCAUUAUAUUCACUAUGCGUACCCAUAUACAAGCAAACACACGAACACAAACUCACAUGCGCACACUUUCAAACAGAUAAAAGAUAUAUGCUGCAACCUCGUCCCCGUAUGACCGGUAGGCUCUGGCUCUGGCAUACAUAUUCAUUUCAAGCUGAACAGGAUUAACAAAAGAUUUUUGCGAUGGCAUUUCAGCACAGACAGAGAGAGAGAGAGACCCCAGGAUAUAUCGGAGGCAGCGAGUUAUGUGUUUUAAAAUUCCAGCGUUCAUAGUACACAGAAAGCAAAAAAAAACUAUACCUAGAAAUCCGCGCGCGGCUACAAUAACGGUUUUUCUUCUUUCCAUUGUAAUAAAACGUAAAGAUCGACUUCAAGCAGAGAGACACGCGAAACGAAAACUAUACACUAAUAAAAACUUGUAUUUAUGUUAUCAGGAAA